AUGGGGAAGCUCAUCAGGCUCGAGCUUUUUAACUUCAAAUCAUACAAGGGACAUCAUACCCUUCUUUUCGGCGAUGCCUAUUUCACAUCUAUUAUCGGGCCGAACGGGUCCGGAAAGUCCAACUCGAUGGAUGCUAUUUCCUUUGUGCUAGGAAUCAAGUCUUCUCACUUGCGAUCUACGAACCUUCGCGAUCUUGUCUACCGCGGUCGUGUCCUGCGCACCUCGAAGCUUGAUGCCGAUGGUAAUGUUAUCGACGAAGAACCGAACGGACAGGAUCACGCAGAAGAUGGAGUCGAUGGAGAACAAUCACAAGACCCUAGCGGAUCGAAUGAUCCUAAAACAGCUUGGGUUAUGGCAGUCUACGAGGACGAUGCCGGCGAGGAGCAGCAAUGGCGACGAUCGAUUACGAGUCAGGGAGUCAGUGAAUACCGUAUCAACAGCCGCAUCGUGACUGCGCAGCAAUAUAAUGAGGCUCUUGAGGCGGAGAAUAUCUUGAUCAGAGCGCGCAACUUCUUGGUCUUCCAGGGUGAUGUGGAGGCGAUUGCAUCACAAUCACCGAAGGACCUUACCCGGUUGAUUGAGCAGAUUUCUGGAAGUCUGGAAUACAAGGCUGAGUACGAACGUCUCAAAGCGGAGGCAGAGGAGGCUGCAGAGCAACAGACAGUCCAGCUCAACCGUCGGCGAGCCAUCAAUUCCGAGAUCAAGCAAUACCAAGAACAGAAGCGGGAGGCCGAGAAUUAUGCCCGUAAAGCGGAGGAGCGCGACCAAGCUAUCAUCACUCACAUCCUCUGGAAGCUCUUCCAUUUCCAGCGCAUGAUCGACGACUCCAGUGCAGAGAUCUUGAAGUACCAAGAUGAACUCAAGGAAUAUCGCCGGGGCGUUGAGAAGUACGAGAAAAAUGUCGAGGAAGCUAAGAAAGCGCACGCGGGUGUUGGUCGAGAGGUAGCAAAGGCUGAGAAGAAUAUCGCGAAGAAGGAGAAGGAUAUCGAAGAAGCCGCCAAUGACUUGGUCCCGAUUGACGAGAAAGUCGACAUUACUAUGAAAAAGGUAGAACGGUUUGCCUCUCGAAUUGCGGAGAUUGGCAAGGAGCGAGACUCGCAGUCAGCCAAUGUCAAACGUCUCGAAAAAGACUUUAAGGUCGUUGAAAAGGCCCAAUCCCAGUGGGAAGCAGAGUGGCAAAAGACAAUGACCAAACAAGGUGUUCAGCUGAGCGAGGCUGACCAGCAAGAGUAUAACAAAUUGAAAGAGGAAGUCAAUAAGCGAUCGUCUGCGGAGCAGUUGAACCUCGACAAUUUGCGGCGCCAAAUGAAGACUGAAGCCGAAGCCCACAACAGCCUUAAAAGCAAGUUUGAAAGCACAGAGUGGCAGCUUAAGACUUUAGAAUCGGAUACACACUCCUUGACUGAGCGUAGAUCCUCUAUCAAGGAUACGGUCAAAACUACAUCUAAGGACAUCGAACGCAAGAAGAAGGAGUUGAACGCACUUACUUCCGAACGGCUGCGUGUUUCGCAGAUGAGGACUGAACUUGAGGAGAAGCUACAAGUUGUCUUGAAGAAACUUCUUGAAGCUGAUGACGGCAAGAAGCAGACUGAGAGGGAGAUUAGAACAAAGGAGCUGAUCUCGACUUUGAAGCGUAUCUUCCCUGGGGUGAAAGGCCGCGUCAGUGACCUAUGCAAGCCGAAGCAGAAAAAAUAUGCCGACGCUGUCAGCACUGUUCUUGGCCGUCACUUUGAUGCUAUUGUUGUUGACAACGAGAAAACUGCCAAAGAGUGUAUCCAGCAUCUUCGUGAUCAGAGAGCCGGUCAGGCUACAUUUAUUCCUCUGGAGACUAUCCAAGUUAAGGCAUUCAAUUCUAACCUGAAGGGAAUGCACAGAGGAAUGCGCCCCGCGAUUGAAACAGUGGAUUAUGAUGACUCUGUGUCCAGGGCUAUCAGCUACGCAUGCGGAAACGCCAUUGUGUGUGAUGACUUGGCGACAGCCAAGUAUCUCUGCUACGAAAAACACGUGGAUGCCAAGGCCGUUACUCUUGACGGUACAGUUAUCCACAAGGGCGGCUUGAUGACUGGUGGCCGAGGCCCUCAGCAGAAUUCGAAGCGCUGGGAAGAUUCCGAAGUAGAGAAUCUGUUCAAGCUCAAGGACAAAUUGAUGGCCGACCUUGCCAAUCUGCCCAAGGGCCACCGUCGAGGUACGGAAGAAGAAACGCUGCAAGGAGAGCUGGUUGGUCUUGAACAGCGCUUGGCGUAUGCCCAAGAGGAGCUGAAGGCUCUGGAGAGGAACCUCCAAAGCAAGCACACUGAAUUGGACUUUGUUAAGCGCCAGCUCGAGGAGUUGAGGCCCAAGUAUGUGGAGAAGCAGGAAGAGCUGGCGGAGCUUGAACAGACCAUCACAGCAUCGCAGGAAACCGUCAGCAAUGUUGAAGAUGAGGUCUAUCGUAAAUUCUGCAAGCGCCUUGGGUACAACAACAUUCGUGAAUAUGAAGUUCAACAGGGAUCCCUGCAUGAAGAGGCUGCCCAGAAGAAACUUGAAUUCACAACCCAAAAGAGCAGAAUUGAGAAUCAGCUUAGUUUUGAGAAGCAGCGUCUUCAGGCCACUCUUGAUCGGAUCGCCAGUCUGCAGACUCAACACCAGCGUGACCAGGAUAUGAUAGAAGAGCUCAAACAAGAACAAGAGCGCAUUCGUGACCAACUGGAUGAGCACAAUGCGGAGCUUGAAAUUCUUCGUGAACGUCUGGAGCAGCAGAAGGAAUCUUACGCGCAAUCCGCUGAAAACCUCACACAACAUCGUAGAGAGCUUCAAAGGCGCAGCAGGGAUGUGGAAGCUACGUUGAAGAAUGUGAAUGCAUUGGAAACAGAGGUCCAGCGUAACUCAUCCAGCCGAUACGCUCUUCUUCGGCGCUGCAAACUCGAGGAUAUUGACCUCCCAUUGACCGAGGGAUCAAACCCGCUAGAUCAGCUUCCUAUUGAUGAGCUUGUCCAAGCAGCUGAUCCUGACGCAAUGGAUGUUGAUGAAGACGCGAACGGUGGCGCUGACGGCGCUUUCAUUGUUCAGGAUUAUGGUAUUGAGGUUGAUUUUGACUCUCUCGGCGAAACACUCAAGGAGGAGUCCGACGAAAAGCUUGAAGAGGAGCUACUAGAUAAGGUUCGGUCUUUGAACAGUGAACUCGACAAAAUGGCUCCGAACACACGUGCAAUGGAACGGCUGGAGAGUGUCGAGAACAAACUCCGAAGCACAGAGAAGGACUUUGACGAGUCACGGAAACACGCCCGAAAGACCAAGGAGGAAUUCGAAGAAGUGAUGCGCCAACGAUCAGAGCUAUUCAACAAGGCGUUCACUCACAUAUCGGAGCAAAUCCAGCCCAUCUAUCGCGACUUGACAAAGAGUAGCAACUAUCCAUUAGGUGGACAAGCGUACCUGGACAUCGAGGAUUCAGAUGAGCCAUAUCUUGAUGGUAUCAAAUACCAUGCCAUGCCACCGCUUAAGCGUUUCCGAGACAUGGAGCACCUCUCUGGUGGUGAGAAAACCAUGGCGGCCUUGGCUCUCCUGUUUGCCAUCCAUUCGUAUCAGCCAUCGCCAUUUUUUGUGCUGGACGAAGUUGAUGCUGCCCUCGACAACACUAAUGUUGCACGGAUUGCGAACUACAUCCAUGAUCAUGCUGCUCCGGGUAUGCAGUUCAUUGUCAUCAGUUUGAAGACUGGUCUCUUCCAGAACAGCGAGGCCUUGGUUGGAAUUUACCGAGACCAGACCGAGAACAGCAGUAAAUCCUUGACCCUUGAUGUGAGUUUUACCUUUCUCUCCCCUUGA